AUGUCUGGCAAGCUCGACCAGUCUCUUGACGAGAUCCUCUCCACCAACAAGCGCACUCCUGCCGGUGGCCGCCGCUCCACCCGCAAGACCGCCCGUCCUGCUGCCGCCGCUCCCAUUGGCGGUGUCAAGAAAAACACCAAGCCUGCACGUGGUGCCGCCGCGAAGCCCUCGUCUGGCAAGGCUUCCAAACCCCCUGGAGAGAGCAAAAUCAUAGUGAGCAACCUGCCCAAGGACGUGUCCGAGAGCCAAAUCAAGGAGUACUUCCAGACAGCUGUUGCGGGAGUCAAGAAGGCCGAGCUCGUCUACGGACCUGGAGGAAGCAGCCGUGGUAUCGCCAACGUUGUGUUCCAUCACUCCGAUGGUGCCAGCAAGGCUUACCAGAAGUUGAAUGGUCUUCUCAUUGACAACCGGCCUAUCCGGGUCGAGGUCGUCGUUACCGGUGAACUGGUUCCUGCGCCUCCUACCCUGAGCCAGCGUGUGAGCCAGCCAAAGGCCACGCCCAAGUCUGCGGCUGCGGACAAGGCAUCCGGAGCCGGAAAGGGUGCAAAGCCUGCUGCUGGUGGCAGAGGUGGUGCCGCCGGCAAGCGCGGUCGUGGUGGUCGCGCGAAGAGCGCCCGUCCCACCAAGAAGACGGCCGACGAGCUUGAUGCCGAGAUGGCGGACUACUUCGACAGCGCCAAGAGCGGCGGCGAGGCCGCUGCAACAGGUGCCACCAACGGCGGCGACGCUGCCAUGGAGGAUGAGGUCCUAUAA